ACGCGGUUUUCUACAGUGGCGUACAUGCGUGCGCAUACUUGGACGUUAUUCAUGCAUACGUGUACAGUGUACAGUAAACUCGCGUGUGCGUAGGGACGCGCCUGGAGCCGCCGCAGAUUCCCUUUGUCCGCGCAAGCACUGCAAUUCAUGUCUCGUGUCCUCUUUCUUCCUUUCUAUCUUUCUUUGUUUCGGUCCUUCUGUCCUUUCCUACGCUGUUCGCUCUCCCGAAAUCAAGCUCUCUUUCCUCGACCAUGCAACUCAUCGUCUCGAUCGUGAAUCGAGUUACGUCGAAUCGAAUGGAAUAAAGUCGAGUCUGCCCGAUACAGGGCCGGCCUCGAAGGACCCUCGCUAUUUCACGCUGGGCCUAUUUAACAAAUUUCAUCGGAAGUGAAGACGAUUUGAUCUUCGUCGAGUGUUUCUUCGACAUUUUCAACAUGCCAUCCAAUUAAUUAACUUGUAGUUUUCUUGAAAACACAAAUAUACACGUAUAUAUAAACUUGAACGAAAACAAGCUACAAAUCUUCUUUCUCGACACGGUUUUUCCUUCUUUCGUAUACGCAAAAGUCUAUCAUAAUGUAUAUUACUUAACACUAUCGUAUUUUCUUAUUUGCGUCUCAAAGCCGAUUAAAAAUAUAAAUUCGUUCGUAGUUCAAUUAUAACGCAUGGAAAACAGGAUCCUAACUUUAGGUAUACAUCACUGCAGCGCUCAUCCCCUUCCCCUCUCCCUCUCUUUGUCUAUGUCAUGUAUGCACGCAUAUAUGUACAUAUAGUCACGACCAGCGUGUUCACGCGAGUAUAUAACGCUAGCUUUGUCGUACCGAUGGUAGAGCCACGAUUCCAUCCUUUUUUAUUCUCUCGCGAACCUUGCAUCCGUCUCCGUUCUGCCGUGGCCAAACGCGUUUCAGCUCUUCGUCUUCUAUAUUCCGUCUCGUUCAUUCGGGCACAGACUGUAUUUCUGUUUUUGUUCGGCCGGAGAAAGUCUUACUCGCUCCCACGGGAACUGCUCGUCGAUGUUCGUCGCUUAACCGUCAGAGGCGAGCGCGCGCUUCUCUCAAACACCGCAGACUUGCCUCUCCGCCGAUCCCCGUUCCCACCUCUCGUACUCGAUGCUCUCUAUCACCCUUCCACCGAACGGACUUGUGUCGGCCCGCUCCCCUCACCGUGCGCCGCUUUCCUCCAACGAGCCUGCCACCCGCCGGUUUUCAACCCCUUUCCCCGCUCUCUCGGGGACUGGUCAGGUGCGCUGGCUCGCUCGCUCGCUCCACGCGUAUGCUCAAUCGCUCUCUGUCCACUGCCGAGCACGCAUCCCCCACAAGUCUGUUCCUCGUUGUACGCGCUCGAGCGCGGCCUGAAUCCAUCCUUGUUCGUCGCGUCGGCGAAUUUCGCGGCGUCCUCCGCCGCCACCGCCGCCGCCGCCGCCACCACCACCGCCACCAUCUCUUCCUCCUCCUUCUCCUCUUCCUCCUCGGUUCUGGCUCUGGCUCUGGCUCUGCUGCUGCCGUUGCCGCUGCCUCUGCCACUGCCUCUGCCUCUGCCUCUGCCUCCUCCCGCUCUUCGCCGCGUCCUCUUCAUCUCCUCGCUCCUCCGAAUGCCGUGCGCCCUCAGCACGGAGCGCCGAAUGCCAUUUCACUUUCGUUGGGCUUCGCCGCGUAGGAGAUCGGGCCCUGCCAGGAAUUAUCCUCUCGUUCUACGUGGUCGUAACCUCCUCGUACACGGUUUCGUCUGGCUUUUUCACGACGUCGACUCUACUAACGCUGAUAUCACCUCGUUUUCUCGUCGUGACUUCUGCGCCGCUUUUUCUUCUUCUUCUUCUUCCUCCUCCUCCCCCUGCUCCUCCUCCUCCCCCUCCUCCUUCUGCAACUCCUCCUCCUCUUCCUUUCCUUUUUAUUUUUCCCCUUUUUCUUCUUCUCAUUCUUCACCUUCUCCGCCUCUUCCUCCUCCACCUCUUCUUCUUCCUUCUCUUUCAUCUCCUCAUCCUAUUACCCUUUCUCCUGUAUCUUUUUCUUUUCCACUUCCUUCGUCUUUCUCUUCUAUCUCUUUCUCCUUCUCUUCUUCCUUCACUACCUGUUCCUCAUUCUCUAGCUUAUCGUCCACUUUCUCUUCCUCCUCUCCUUCUUCCGUUCUUUCUUCUUUCUGUUCGUUCUCUAUUUAUCUUUCGCUUUGUUUCUUCUUUUCUUUCUUUCUCUUCUUUCUUCCCUGUCAUAGUUACUCGUUCCAUCGUUUAUUCUCCAUCCAUUCGUCCAAUUUUUCCCAUUUUUCUCUCUUUCCUCGCUUCGUUUUCCAUUUCAUCCUGUUUUGUCUUUACCGUCCUCCUUCUGUGUACAUCUUUACAUUUUCAACGAGGGAUCGUUCGUCUACGGAAUAUCGCAGUCAGUCACUGUUAAAAACAGCCGAUCAGCUAAAGAUCAAAGGACUGUGCGAGGUACCUGAAAGCAGAGACGGGCCACCAUCGGUAAGUCUGAGUUCGCCGCCAAGAGAACCCGGUACUCCUAGAAUAAAUUUCACCAAGUUGAAGAGACAUCAUCCAAGGUAUAAGAGGCCCAGAACCACGUUCGAGCCUCGCGCUACGGAUUCGAGGCAUUACGAUCGAUACAAAGAAGAGGAAUCGAACGAAAACUACGAUUGGGAGAACAAAGAGAAUCACAUAGACUGGCAACCCGAAGAUGAGGAGUGCACGGAGGCAACCGCGGGAGCAGUAGUCUUGGAAACUUGCCAACGCAGCAGUAACAAUAGUACCACUACUGGCACCACCAAUAAUAACAAUAACAACAACAACAACAACAACAACAAUAACAAUAACAACGCUAGCAGCAACGGCAACGGUAACAAUACGAGCAACAACAAUAACAACGGUGACAUGUUUUGUCAUACAGGCCUCGGUCAUUACGGUCAUCAUCCGGAUCCCGGAGAGGUUGACCUACCUCCAGAAACUCAACCUACACCACCAAGUGCCACAUUGGUCGGUACUACGAUUACACAUUUAAGGGACUCGGAUCAUCAUUCCACAGAGAUCCAAAAUUGUGACAGUGUAAAGAUCAAGUUUGAAACAUUGCACACGAUGGAUUCGUCGGACACGAUCGAUAUCGAUAGCCACAUGUCGGAUCGAGCGAGCGUCAGUUCAAAGAACGCGGCCGAUAGCGACAACAUGAUGAUGAUCACACCGGAGUUGCUUGGAUUAAUGCCUUCUGGAAGUUCGGUUCACUCGGAUUCCGGUGAAAAUAACUCAAGGGGUCACCCCGGACAAUCCAGCUCUCAUCAUCAUGGUUCGAAAUCGUGGACGCAAGAGGAUAUGGAUGCCGCUUUGGAAGCCUUACGAAAUCACGAUAUGAGCCUUACGAAAGCCUCCGCAACGUUCGGUAUACCCUCGACGACUUUAUGGCAAAGAGCACAUCGACUGGGCAUCGACACUCCAAAAAAAGACGGACCUACUAAGUCGUGGAGUGACGAGAGUUUAAACAGCGCGUUAGAAGCGUUACGGACUGGAACGAUAUCGGCGAACAAAGCUUCAAAGGCGUUUGGUAUACCGUCGAGUACCUUGUACAAAAUCGCGAGAAGAGAAGGUAUCAGGCUGGCUGCGCCAUUCAACGCAAGUCCCACGACGUGGUCGCCCGCCGAUCUAGAUCGCGCCCUCGAAGCGAUACGUUCUGGUCAAACGUCAGUACAGAGAGCUUCCACGGAAUUCGGUAUACCGACGGGAACAUUAUAUGGUCGAUGCAAAAGAGAAGGCAUUGAACUCAGUAGGAGUAAUCCUACACCGUGGAGCGAGGAUGCUAUGACCGAAGCUCUAGAAGCUGUCAGGUUAGGCCAUAUGAGCAUCAACCAAGCGGCUAUUCACUACAACUUGCCCUACUCUUCCUUAUACGGUCGCUUCAAAAGAGGAAAAUACGAAGAACCAGCGGUGGGUGAAAUAUCGCAAGACGGUAGCAGUCCUCACUUUCAUCAAAGUCCGAGUCAAAAUCAUUCGUCCGCUGUACCCGAUCAAAUGCCGUACCAAGGCAGCUGAAACUUGCCUCUUUAUUAGAUUUGUUUCAGUUUAUUUCGAAUUUUUCAAUUUCUUGCUGCGAUUUUGCAAUUUAUACUCGACGUAUCGUUCUUUGAACGAGAGCAAACGACAAACGAUAACGAGAGUCGCCGACCAAAAACGCGUUUUAAAUGUGUGAGAACGAUUGGCGAACGAAAUUUAAAGUCGGGAGCAGAAACUUGUGACAUCAUCAUUAGUCGAAAUGUGACUAAAAUAGUAGAUACGAGACAUGAUCAUCUUUUGAGAAAGAAUGGCCGUGAAGGGUUUGCAGUAUUACAGAUGGAUUGUCGUAAGCAAAUAUUAUGUAUAUUGUAUGACUGUUAUGUCGAAUCGGAAACGUAGAUUAAUUAUAAUUUAUAAGAAUUAUUUAUAAAAAAGAAAAAGUGCUGUACAGUCGGGAUAAUACCGAUGAACCUACCGUAGUGUGUAAGUUGCCGAUGCGAUGGGCCAAUAGAAGACAUUCAAGAGAAGAUAUAAAAUAUUCUAAGAACUAAUGUCUUUUAUGUUAGCAAUUUUGAUGAAAAAUUCUCUGUUAGCUCGAUCUUCAUUUUCUUUUCUUUGUUGGUCGGCUACAUUAUUUUUAUAACUUUGUUGAAUAAACUUUUUACAAAAUUAUUCACUACUUACUACGCGAUCAAACGCUAUAUAUAAAAGUAAUAAAAAGAUUUUGUUGAAAAACUAAAAUAGAUUCAAACUAAAAGAUAAACAGGUGCGUCGUUGCAUUUCAAAUCGUUCUAAGAUUCAAUUAUUUUCUUACGUCUCACCAACAAUUUGUUCGCUGAGACGAUGAAAUAUUGUAUACGUGUUUCUAAUGGUUUUCUUCGCAUUUAUAUUUACAUUGCAAAGUUUCAAAUUUCAACUCUACGUAUACAACUCUAUUUACAUCAGGAGGAAGUAAAAAUAUUUUCGAUAUCUUUUCAAAGAUACGGAAUCAACAGAACUGAAGAAAAAAUUGCGUGGAAAUUUCAGCAGAUCGAUUUCUGAGAACAAAGAUACUUUUUACGUUCGAAUAAACUGCCACAUGCAAGGAAUAUAUUACAUCCAUUACUCAUGCUCACGACUAUUAUAUGAAAACAUAUAUUACUUAUAAAUAUAAAUAAAUAAAUAUAUAUAUAUGUACAGUUUAUAUAUUUUAAAUUAAAAAGUAAUGCGACAAAAUAAA